UCGCCAAGCAAAUUCAACUGGAAAAGUCAGUCGGACGUGGACGUUACGGUGAAGUUUGGUUGGCCAAAUGGCGUGAAGAACGUGUUGCUGUCAAAGUUUUCUUCACCACUGAAGAGGCGUCAUGGUUCCGUGAAACAGAAAUCUACCAAACCGUAUUGAUGCGUCACGAAAACAUCUUGGGUUUCAUUGCUGCCGAUAUCAGCGGAACCGGAAGCUACACGCGAAUGUUCUUGAUCACCGAUUACCAUGAAAAUGGUAGCCUACACGAUUAUCUCCAGAUGCACGUGAUUAGCCCACGUCAGUUGCAAGAGUUGGCCCAUUCACUCACUGCCGGAUUGGCGCAUUUGCACAUGGAAAUCUUCAGCAAACCAGGCAAACCAGCCAUUGCGCAUCGCGAUAUCAAGAGCCGAAAUAUUCUAGUGAAACGCAACGGACAGUGUGCCAUUGCUGACUUUGGUUUGGCUGUCAAGUACAACAGUGAAUUGAAUGAAAUCCACAUUGCACCGAAUACUCGUGUCGGAACACGCCGAUAUAUGGCACCAGAAGUGCUGGACGAAUCAUUGAAUCCAACGCAAUUCGAUUCGUUCAAAUACGCGGACAUUUACUCGGUUGGUUUGGUAUUUUGGGAAAUGGCUCGUCGUUGUGUGACCACAAUUCCCGGUACCAAGAGCACCGCAUCCGAAGAUUACGCCUUACCAUAUCACGAUAUGGUUCCAUCCGAUCCAAGCUUUGAAGAUAUGUACGACAUUGUGUGCUCACAAAAGAUUCGCCCACCCAUCCCAGAGAGAUGGCAAGAUGAGGAGAUUCUUCAAGUCCUAUCGAAAAUUAUGGUCGAAGCAUGGCAUCCAAAGCCAACGGCACGACUCACCGCGCUGCGAAUAAAGAAAACACUGAUCAAAAUUCAAACAGAUGGAUCCAGUCAAAUCGUCUAGUAGUAGGGGUAUAAGCUAGCUAUUCAAUAAGAUUUUAUUUCUUGUAUAUUUGACGCUUUGAUAAUUCACUUCUAUUUGUUUUUUGGUUUAGUCCCGUUUUGUUUGCGAAUUUAUUACCUUCGCAUUUAAUCGCAGCUACACGUGUAGUGAAUAAGAAACAAACUAUACAAACUAUGAUUAUAUUAACAGAAUAAACGAACACAAAUACAUUUUAAAAUACACAAAUACAGACAGAUACACCUGACAAGAAUUCUGAUUUAGACACUAGAGUCUCCUAAAAUCCAAAAUGAUACGAAACGAUAUAUGCAAUCGAAAUCAUAUUUAAGUAAUUUUUAACGAUUUUUGUUAGCUGUAACUUUAGGAAUGAACGCGAACGUAUUCGAUAAGACAAGAAAACGAUUCGACGAUUAAUUUUUUUUUUCAAACCGAGACAAAUUGCAAACUCAGUGAUAUGUGUAUAAUGAAAGUGUAUGGAAAACUCAUGGAAAAAACAAAUAAAACACGAAAAAACAAAUAAAACACGAAAAAACAAAACAAACAAUUUAUUGAGAGAAAAUAUUCGGAACAGAAACACUUUUGUAAAAAGUCAAAUUCAAAAUUCACCAAAAUUCAACAAAUUGAACGCAUCGAAUUGAGCCUUAACGAAAUUCAGAAAUGCCUCUGGUUUUAUCUACUGGUGCCUUUUCACAGAGCCGACUAUAAUUUUAACUUUGAAGCCAAAUUUUCUUUUUAAAAUAUUUUUGCAAAACAAAUAUUCUUCUGAUACAAUCACUUUUCUCUCUCUUUAUUUUCAAAGAAAAUUCACAUACACAUACAAAAAAGAAACCAAAAUCAAUGACAGCAACAAGAAUAAAAUAAAACAAAUAACAAAAUGCCAUUACUUUCUCUCUUUUGUAAAUAAUUUAUUUCUUUUAAAUUAAUGUUCGACUGCAUUUAGAGAUUCAGCACAUUAAGAGUUAAUCAAUCAUUUUAGUUGUAGCGUGUAUGAAAGUUUUUAAUUGUAUUUUGCAUGUAGAUUUUUUCUUCUGUUCAUUGUAAAUGCGCUCACUUGAUGCAUCGGGCAAAUGAAUCAAUUGUCACUGGUGCCGGUGGCGGCAUUUUUUAAGCAAAAAUCGAACAUUGUACACAUACGUGAAAAUUACAUAUUAAGAACUGACUUUUGGUUGAAUAAACUCUCAUAUUGACGUAUUUGGAAAA